ACCAGGCGACCUUUUCGGAUAUAAUGAAAUCUCCCAAUUUACGAAGAAUGUCUUUUAUAUUGUACGUUGCUUGGAUUUCCACCGUAAUAUCUUAUUACGGGUUAUCAUUCUCGGCCGACGACAUUGGGUUGGACGUGCUCUUAUUCUUCUUUCUUUCUGCAUUAUUAGAAAUACCGGCGAGUUUUUCAUAUUACUACUUUCAGCGAUUUGUUGGUAGGAGAUAUACGCAAAUAGCUUGCUUGAUAGUAAGUGGAUCGGCUUGUCUGGUAGCUAUCGCUGUACCUAAAGAUUUCCAUAAAGUUCUCAUUAGUUUAGCUGUUGUGUCCAAAUUCAGUCUGUCCGUAUCCUUUAGCUCGUUAUAUCUUCUAUCGUCCGAGAUUUAUCCCACUGUAGUCCGCAACGUUGGUUUAGGAUCUUGCUCGACGGUAGGAAGAAUCGGAGCCAUAGCUGCUCCUUUCAUGAAAGAAGCGGCAUCUCAAAUAGACAGAUCUUUUCCUUUGGCAUUAUUUGGUACCUUGUCACUUAUCGGAGGUUUAUUAGUGUUUUUCUUACCGGAAACGAAAAAUAUGGAGUUGGUGGAUACCAUAGAACAAGGAGAAACUAUUGGAAGGCAUAAAGUAUACGUGCUUACAAGGAAUUUCGAGAAAGAAGAUUAUGUAAAAGAAAAUUGAAGAAAUACGUUUGCUGUACUGUUUACAAUGCACUUAACUAUUUGUGAUAAGA